AUGGCCAUAGAGGUAGAAGGUUACCCCGUCGAGGGUCUAUCGAUCGGGGGGCAAGAGACCUGUGUGAUGUUCCCCACGCUGAAGAUCGCCUUCGACAUCGGCCGUUGUCCGCAUCGUGCGAUCUCCCAGGAUUUCCUGUUCAUCUCGCACGGCCACAUGGACCACAUCGUACUCUCCCUCCUACGAUCUCUCUGUUCCGGCGUCUGGUUGUGGAAGUAGACCUCUCACAGUUCUCUUCACCUCCCAUGGUGGUGGCGGUAGGGAGGACUCCCUAUGUACGUCGCCAGCCGAGCCAUGUUCAGGAUGAAGCCUCCCACCAUCUUCGUCCCCUCGUCCAUCAGAGAUAUCGUGGAGAAGCUCUUCGAGGUGUACCGGGCGAUGGACCAGACGGAGUUGAAGCACAACCUCGUCUCGUUGAAUGUGGGUAAAUCCUCUCAUCUUAUCGACCUAAUUCCUGAACUGCAGCCACCUCCAUAAACCGCCGCCUUGGAGUCUUGACUGUAGGUGGUGUGAUCCAGGGGAGGAGAUCGAGAUGACGAAGGACCUCAAGGUGAGAUCAUUCAGGACUUAUCAUGUAGUUCCAAGCCAGGUACGUGAAUCCCGCCUCGUGUGAUACGCUUGCAGCGAGUUUAUCAUUCCUUCCGUCGAUUCUCUGAUCAGCGAUCUCCCAGAGCGAAUCUUCUUUCAGGGUUAUGUAAUAUAUGCGGUGAGACAGAAACUCAAGCAAGAAUAUUCAAAUCUCACUGGAAACGAGAUCAGGGAUUUGAGGCUGUCCGGUGUGGAGGUCUGUAUCAAGAACAUGGUGACUUCCAGCUCAUGAUCUUGUUCCUUCCGUCUCAUUUUCCCGUUCGUUCCUCUUCAACUCCCCGGCAAGAACAGGUCACCAGCGCCGUCGCGUCUCCAGAGAUCGCUUUCACAGGAGACACCAGAUCCGACUUCAUGGUCGAUCCGGAGAACGCAGAUGUGCUGAAGGCGCGCGUCCUGGUGAUGGAGGUAUCCACCCUUCCCGAACUCCGCCACCUGGUUCUUGAAUCCUGAAGAAAAACCUUCGAUCAUUCCCAGUGCACCUUCGUCGACGAGACCAUGACUGUGGAGGAUUCGAGAAACUGCGGCCACACCCACAUCUCCGAGGUUUACUUCUUCAACUUCCCAUCCGUCUGCAUCAUCUUCUCACAUCCGGCUCGCCGUGGCAGAUAGCCAGCCGCGCGGAUAGGUUUCAGAACAAAGCUAUCAUUCUGAUCCAUUUCUCCGGCAGAUACCUCUUGAACGUAGGUUUUCUCUGAGAAUCCACGCUCCAAUUUAGGGAUUUCCUUCUCUCUCGCUUUUCCGAUCCUCUUUCUUUCGCCAUUGACAGGAGAUCAAGGCCGCCGUUUCCAAGCUGCCUGCGCCUUUCUCCGACCGAGUUUUCGCGCUGACCGAGGGCUUCUGA